AUGGCAAAACCACCUCCAGAUCCAAUAUUUAUAUUGAGAGGAUCCAUCAGCCCUGUAUCUUGUCUCCAUGCCCCAGCUCACAGUCUUGAUAUCCUAUACUGUGGUAAUCAAAGUGGACAGAUUACAGUGUGGAAUUUAAAGUCCAGGAGAGUUACUUGUACCAUUGAAGCACAUGUCAAGUCCACGGUGCUAUGGUUACAGUCAUUGAAUGAGAAAGAAUUGUUGUCUCAAGGAAGAGAUGGUUUGAUAAAGCUAUGGACUUAUGAAAAUGAACGGUUCUCUGUUAAAACUUCUUUCAAAUGUUCCAGUCAAACUUUCUGCUGUUCAGCGUUAUUUGAGUUUAAUAAGAUAAGAUAUUUAGUUUUACCCAAUGAGCAACAGUCUGUCAUAGAUAUAGUAAAUAUCAAAAACUCUCAACUUAUGGCAACAUUGAAACCAACAGAUCAGAAGUAUGGUAUGUGUAUGUGUGUGAAUAACUCUUAUUCAAGUGUUGAGGCUAAACCAUUGUUAUUAAUUGGGUAUGAAAAUGGUAGUAUUAUACUUUGGGAUAUUUUAGCAGAAAAGGUUCUAGAUAGAUUAGAUAUGUUCCUGGACUCUAUUAUGUGUUUAGAUUUCUCUAGCCAAUUACUAAAGGGGCUUUGUGGCUCUGUAAACAAUACAUUAAAAACAUUUAGAAUCACUAAGGAGAUGAAAUUAAUCCAAGAUAAAGAGUUAGAGGUGACUAAUGAUGGAUUUAGUAAUAUUAUUAUAAGAAAUGAUAAUAAGUUGGUAGUUACUACAGGAUGGGAUAGUACUAUACGCCUAUUUAGUAUGAAGUCAUGGAAACCUCUAGCAGUACUGAAAUAUCACAAAGAAAGUGUACAAUGUGCAACAUUUAUAUCUAAUAAUAUAUUAAUCUGUGGAUCUAAAGAUAAACUAAUAUCUUUGUGGAAUAUAUAUACAUGA